GGAAGCUAACUUAAGUGUCGUCUUUAACGUUAGCUAAAGCCAGUUAUUAUAGCAGCUAGCUGAAACGUUGUUUGACCAAGAAAUGGACCGGUACAACUGGACUCAAAACGUUUUAACGCCCGCUGCAAAUUGAGCUUCGGGGGACACACACUCUUAUACUGAAAAACUGUCGGCCGGAGGUUGUUUUUGGUAACUGCUGCUGCUUUGAUUGUGGACACAAAAAACUGCGAAAUCAAGGAGAAGGACAGCGCCCAGAAUAACUGUAAACCUCUGCAAACUGUGUGGAGCAUCGAGUUGGAAAUGGGACUACGGUCAUACUCUCCGGGUUGUCGGACGUUGAAGCAGAGCGGUUUUUGGUGUUUGCUGUGAGUUGGUGGACCGAUACUUUAAGGGAAGAGGGCGUUUCGGGGUCCUGGUCUGGACGAGAGUGGACUUUUUUUGUGGCCUGUGAUGAGCUUCGGGGGCUGGGGUGGGAUAUGUGCGGAAUACAAAAUCUGGCUCGACGCGGUUUCACAAGUUCGCUGGUUGAGCUCCGUCUUUAUCCGAGGACAUGUCUUUUGGUUUGUUAAAGCCACUGUGCUACACUCAGCUCUCCAAGUAUGCUACAGUAUUGCCAAUAUCUCUCCGCUCAGCAGCACUGUUUGAUCCAAGAGAAACGUGCCUUGUAAGGAAGCAGGAUGUUCACAGGAUCCACCAAACUGCCGCCCACUAAAACCCCCCAGCCUGAGCGGCUGGAUGAAGUCUACGCUGCCUUACGCAGAGGCCUACAGUCGUACUUGCAGGUCCACCAGCUGGAGUUGGACAGUCUGGGUCAGCAGAUCAGAGAAAACAAGAGGAACGGUCGAUUGGGGUCUUUGUAUGAGCAGGAUAAGCAAGUGAAAGCCAUAGAGAGGUUUAUGCGUCGCUUGGAAUUCCACCUCAGCAAGGUUGAGGAGCUGUAUGAUGCUUAUUGCAUACAGCGGCGACUGCGUGAUGGAGCGAGUAAGAUGGUGGCGGCCUUUAACUCUGCCACAGGAAGCAAGGAGGCCAGAGAGAGCCUGAGCGAAGCCAACAAGGGCUACAGGGAAUGUACAGAGCAUAUGUGCUCACUUGAGAGUGAAUUAGAAAGCCAGAUGGGAGAAUUUCAUGUCAAGAUGAAGGGCCUUGCUGGCUUUGCACGGCUGUGUGUUGGCGACCAGUAUGAGGUCCUAAUGCGUUAUGGGAGGCAACGCUGGAGGCUACGAGGUCGCAUGGAAGUCAGCAACAAGCAGAUAUGGGACAGCGAAGAGUAUAUUUUCCUGCCUCUCGUCACAGAGCUGCUGUCAAUUAAGGUGACGGAGCUGAAGAGCCUGGCCAAUCACGUGGUGGUGGGCAGUGUGUCCUGCGAGAUGCUCGACCUGUUCUGCCCACUCCCCCAGACGCUCGCUGUGGACAUCAACGACCUUGGGACGGUGAAGCUAAACUUGGAGGUCACCUGGAGUCCGUUUGAUAAGGAUGACCAGACAUCAUCCACCAGUACAGUUUCUAAACGGCUGCUGUCCAAUCAGAGCCCUCCUGACACGCCCUCUAUGCGGGAGCAGGUGUUUUAUUCUCUGCUGAAGCGACAGGGAGAAAUGGAUAACGGGACAGUCUGGUCCAACUCCUCUGAAUCCUCUGAUGACUCUUCCAGUCCGGCGCUGGCUCAUCACGCUCAGCGGCUGACGGCCCCCAACAUGCUGCAAACCACUCUCACCAGUCAGCUGUCGUUCACUCCGAACAAGUCCAGCGCUUCGACGCCGUCGCUCUCCUCCAACCAAGAGGAGGACGAGACAGAAGCCGGGGAGGUCUUCUCUCAGACAGAUGCAGUGCCUAACGGCCAUCUGCAGACUUCCUGCUCUCACAGCCACGUGGGCGAGAGCAGCCCAGACUGUACUGUGGCUGACCGGUCAGCUGAGCUCUCUGAAAGCUCAGCAGACCUGAGCUGCUCAUGCCCAGACGUCUCGUCUGCACCUCCUGUGUCGUUGGCGGAGAGAGCAGUUGUGUCUGAAAGUGGCAUCCCACAAGUGUGUGUUUCAGCAGAGGAGGUAGAGGAUGAUACAUGCGAGGACUCGUCCGUACAAGCGGAAGCAGAAACAGAGGACAGCACCACUGAAGCAGCAGGUGGACAGCAGGUAGAAGCAUCGGAGACACACAGUCAGCCACACCAGUCCACCCAGGAGCUAAAACAACCAGAGGACGCUCCAACGGUUCCUUUUCCUACUUCCUCCAGUUUCACUCACGAAGUCGAGACAGCCCUUGAAAGUUUUGACUUUCUCAAUUGCUCUGACCUUGAUGAAGAUGAGGAGGAGGAGGAGGAAGAUGAGCAACAAGAGGAAGACGAAGGAGAGAAGGAAGAGGAGGAUGUGCAACAUGAAGAGGACCAAAACAAAGUGGAGGAAGAAAAAACAGAGGAAGGAGAAAAUGAUGAAGAGAAUUUCUACUCUGGAGGAAGCAGUGAUGAAGAGGAGGCGGACGGCCUAGAGAUCCUUAUGGAAGCCCCAGAAGGAUUUAGGAACUCAGACGAAGAUCGUUUCUCUGAGUCACAGUCUAAGGAAGCCAUCCGGUCUGUAGCUGUGUACAAAAGCUGCCACACGGGGGCGCCGUAG